AUGUUACGUCUUCUCAGAUCACCUCAACUCUUGAGAUCCAGCCUCUACAAGACUCCAAUCCAAAAUGUUCACAGAAGAGCGAAUCAUACUUCUGGCGUCACCCAAUCAUCAACCGCUACUCGUACGAGCAAUCCCAACACCAGCUCAAAUUCAGAUUGGAUCAACGCUUUUUUCAUGGGAUUGACCAUGGGACCAGCUCUCUAUUGGGGGAUGUAUAUAUACUCCAGCAGAAAUGAACGAAUCCAAAAGGAAAAAUGGGAUGAGGAGAAAUGGAAGAAAGAUGUUUUGAGAGAACUCAAAACGCUUCAGGCCAAGAUGAACGAUAAAACCAUUGGCGGCAUUGGCUUUGGUGGGACUUUAGGUGAACGUCAACACAAGCACAAUCUUCAAUAG